AUGUUGUCUGAUAACACAGUAUCACCAACUCAUUACAAUGAGUUGAUGAGCACUUAUAAAAAUUAUUGUGAUGCAUUUGACUCACUAUACAAGCUCAAAACAAAAGACGAAAAAGAAUUAUCUAAAAUUUAUCAAAAUAUCAAAAUUCAUCUGAUCGAUUCAUAUAAAUAUCCUCCAAAUCAGAUUAUUACUGAUAUGUCAAAUAUGUCAAUGUAUAACAACCGCUAUAUGAAGUCAUAUUUAUACAUUGUCAAACAAAUCUUUGAAGAAUAUCACCCAAAGGAUAUUAAUGCGAUUAAUUCUGUUUUUGAUUACCUUUUCUAUAAAGAAUAUGGAAUAGUACUUGUAGAAAGCAACAGAACAAAGUUCAAGGAAUUUGAAUCUAAAAAUUAUACAUUGGAUAUUCAUAAAGAAAAUACGAUUUACAGGGCUAUUAUGGAUAAUGACAAAGAAUUAUUAAUCUCUAUCAUCGAAAAAAGCGAAUUUGAUAAAGAUCAAAGACUAGACGAUACAUUUUAUCCAUAUUCAUUAAAAGGAUAUUCAUAUCUUGAAUUAUGCUGUUAUUAUGGAUCUGUUGAUUGUUUUAAGUUCAUAAUCACAAAAUUUCACCCAGAAAUAACAAAAAAAUGUCUUCGUUUCUCAUUUUUAGGUGGAAAUCAGGAGAUCUUAAGCGAGUGCUUGAAAAAACAAGAACCAGAUAAAAAAUGCAUGAAAAUUGCAAUUAUUACACACAACAUUGAUUUUGUUUCGUUUUUAAGGAAUGAAUAUAAUAUUGAAAUCGACUUAGCCGAUUGCGGUUUGUAUAAUAAUCUUCAGUCAUUUUUAGUAUAUUUAGAUCAAACUAAUAAUAUUGAUACAUGCUUAAUUUAUUCAUCUUAUUUCUUUCUUCCAUCCCUUAUCAAAUAUUUUAUUUCCCAUGGUGCUGAUAUCAAUGCUAGAGAUGAAGAGGAGGAAACUCCACUUCAUAAAGCAGCUUAUAGCAACAGCAAAGAAACAGCAGAAGUUCUUAUUUCACAUGGUGCUGAUAUCAAUGCUAGAGACAAAUAUAAGAGAACUCCACUUCAUAAAGCAGCUUUUAGCAACAGCAAAGAAACAGCAGAAGUUCUUAUUUCACAUGGUGCUGAUAUCAAUGCUAGAGAUGAAGAUGAGAAAACUCCACUUCAUAACGCAGCUUUUAGCAUCAGCAAAGAAACAGCAGAAGUUCUUAUUUCACAUGGUGCUGAUAUCAAUGCUAGAGAUGAACAUGAGAAAACUCCACUUCAUUACGCAGCUUAUAGCAACAGCAAAGAAACAGCAGAAGUUCUUAUUUCACAUGGUGCUGAUAUCAAUGCUAGAGACAAAUAUAAGGAAACUCCACUUCAUAAAGCAGCUUUUAGCAACAGCAAAGAAACAGCAGAAGUUCUUAUUUCAUAUGGUGCUGAUAUCAAUGCUAGAGAUGAAGAUGAGGAAACUCCACUUCAUUACGCAGCUUAUAGCAACAGCAAAGAAACAGCAGAAGUUCUUAUUUCACAUGGUGCUGAUGUCAGUGAUAAUGAUAGUGAUGAUGAUAAUGAUCGUGACGAUGAUAAUGACAGUUAUGAUGAUAGUUAUUAA